AUGCUGGAGAAUUUAAACAAAAAACAAAAGGAAAUUGAAUUGCUAACUGGACGGUUGAAAGACCAUGAACACCUCAUGCAGCACGAAGUCACUGAUCUUAAAUGUCGAAGCAUGCGGGAUAAUCUUCUUUUCUUCAAAAUUCCCGAGGAAAAAGAUGAACAGUGUGAGAAAAAAAUACUGAUCUUCAUGGAAUCAAAAUUACGAAUCGAGAACGCAUCCAGGGACAUUAAAUUGCACCGUGUCCAUAGAAAAGGUCGGUAUAACAGCGCAAAAAUUAGGCCUAUUGUAGCCAAAUUUGCUUAUUAUCCGGAUCGAGAACAAGUGCGGAAGGCAUCCAAAGAGCUAAAAGGGACCCCGUAUGGCAUAUCGGAACAAUACCCCAGGGAGGUAAUGGAAACCCGACAAAAGCUUAUUCCAAUCAUGAAGAAGGCGAGAGAAGAGAAUAAGGAGGCCUACCUGAGGGUGGAUAAAUUAUUCAUCGACGGCCGUGAAUACAAGUCGAAUGCUUAG